AUGGGAUUGCUCUCUUCUGUAAUUUCCAUCUGUGUUUUGUUCUUCCUAAUCACUUCCUCCACAGCCAAAACAAGCCCUUCAAAACCGCAUGCGCUUGUUCUUCCACUAGCCAAGGAUGCCUCCACCGGCCAGUACAUCACUCAUAUCAGCCGAGGAACCCCCUCAGUCCCAGUGAAACUAACUGUAGAUCUUGGUGGCCAGUCGUUGUGGGUGGAUUGCGAUCAGGGAUAUGUUAGUUCAUCCUAUAGGCCCGCGCAUUGCGGCUCAGCUCAAUGUUCACUUGCAGAUUUUCAUUCUUGUGGGGACUGCUUCAAUGGUCCUAAACCGGGGUGCAACAAAAACACUUGUUCACUCUUCCCGUACAACGCUGUAACCCAAAGUAGCACGACUGGGGAGCUUGCACAAGAUGCUGUUUCUUUGCAAUCUACUGAUGGAUCGAACCCGGGACAAAUUGUUUCAUCCUCUAAAGCGCUCUUCGCCUGCGGCUCUACAUUUCUCCUGGAAGGUCUAGCUAAUGGAGUUGAGGGGAUUGCUGGACUUGGAAGGGGAAAAGUUGGACUUCCUUCUCAAUUAGCCAGUGCCUUCAGCAUCAAAAGAAAGUUUGCUAUCUGUCCAGGCUCCCGCGGGGUUAUAUUCUUUGGCGAUAGCCCCUACAAUUUUCUCCCUGGUAAAGAUAUUUCCAAAUCACUCACUUACACCCCACUUUUCAUCAACCCUGUCAGCACUGCCGGUACUUCUUUUGAAGGGGAGCCUUCUGCGGAGUACUUCAUUGGGGUGAAAUCCAUUAAAAUCAAUGGAAAACCUGUGUCGAUAAAUUCGACGCUGUUAACCAUCAAGGAAGGAAAUGGGGGUACAAAGAUUAGUACUGUUGAUCCUUACACUAGACUAGAGACAUCCAUCUACAACGCUUUUACUAAAGCUUUUGUUAAAGCUUUUGCUGGAGUUCCCAGAGUGAAGGCAGUGGCACCUUUCGGAGCAUGCUUCAACUCGAGCAAUUUACCUAGCACAAGAGUUGGUCCUCCAGUUCCAACCAUAGAUUUUGUGUUGCAAAGCAAAACGGUAUCUUGGAGGAUGUUUGGUGUAAACUCAAUGGUUCCAGUGAAGGAGGACGUACUGUGUCUUGGAUUUGUAGAUGGAGGUGUGGAACCUAGGACUUCAAUUGUGAUAGGGGUGCACCAGAUUGAGGAUAAUCUACUGCAAUUUGAUUUGGCAAGGUCCGUGCUGGGUUUCAGCUCAACACUCUUGUUCCAGCAAACCACAUGUUCCAACUUCAACUUUACAAUAAAAGCUUGAACAGGGUUUCUUCUACGACAGGCUACUUGAACAAUUGCUUAUUGGAUUUCCACAGGAAUAUUGACUUUGCUUUUUUGUUCUUUUGACCCAGUUUUUGCUGAUGAUUUCGGAGUUUCUAUCUGUUGUUAGUUGAGCCGAGCGAGGGAAAUGAUGGUUCAAGUUUGAUUUGUUUUAAUAAAUGAGGAAAACUUU